UCCCCUGGACAGUGUUAAGGGAGGGUGUGCGCCGCGACUCUCCCGCCUUCCCAUCCACGCUGCCUGUCAAAAAGUGCAGUGUUUCUUAGGCCUACAGAGGAGACAUAGGCCUAAGUUUUUGGUGGAGAGUUCGUGUACGUGAUUUGCGUCCGUGUAUAUAUCAGCAGCAUGAGGGGCGUGGCGUGGGCGGCCGUGGCGGUGGUGGUGGUGGUGGUGGUGGGCGUGGCUGGGGUGCGAGACAACAAACCACUGAAGGACAGAGCAGGCGACGAGAACUACCACAGGCAACGGAAACUGCAGUACAAGAAGGCGAAAAAAGGCUCUUCCUACGACACUGUCCCAUUUAUUGAUCCUGAAGACCAAGCUUACUGGAACAAGAAGGGACAAGAUGAACUGGACAAACAGCUCCUGAAUCGCCCAGUGCUAAGGAAAGCCAAGAACAUUAUACUCUUCCUGGGCGAUGGCAUGUCAAUCUCCACCGUGACAGCUGCCCGGAUCUUGAAGGGACAGUACUCGGGGCUCUGGGAGAAGGAGAAUCUGGAGUGGGAGAUCUUUCCUUACUCUGCUAUUAUCAAGACGUACACCACUGACAGCCAGGUUGCAGACAGCGCCGCCAGUGCCAACGCUUACCUGUCCGGUGUGAAGAGCAACAAGGGCACAGUGGGAGUGGAUGUCAAUGUUGAGCUGAGGAACUGUUCGGCCCAGCUGGAUGAGUCUUUCCACCUGUCCUCUAUCGCUGACUGGUUCCAGAACGCGGGAAAGAGCACAGGUUUUGUCACCACCACGAGAGUCACCCACGCCACGCCCGCAGCUCUGUACGCCCACGUCGCCAACAGAGAGUGGGAGGACGAUGAGGAGGUGCGGCGUGACAGAGAAGACCCAGACACGUGUGAAGACAUCGCGGAACAACUUAUCUUCAGUGAAACGGGCAAGAAAUUCAAGGUUGUGAUGGGAGGAGGACGAAGAAACCUGCUCCCGAAGACAGUUAGGGACGUGGUAGAGAACAAGAAGGGAUACAGAAAUGACGGAAAGAAUCUGAUUGACAUUUGGAAGCGGCAGAAGGCAUCCAGUGGUUCCAGGGCGGCCUAUGUGUCAAAUAGGCGCGAUUUAUUAGGCUUAGACACUUCCAACACUGAUUAUCUGCUGGGCCUCUUCGGAUACAGCCACAUGGAUUACACAAUAGAGAGGGACAACACGCAGGACCCGAGCCUCCCUGAGAUGACCAAGGCCGCGCUGGAGAUCCUACAGAGGGAUGCGGGGGGUUACUUCCUGCUGGUGGAGGGCGGCCUGAUCGACCUGGGGCACCACGGGAACAAGGGCAAGAAGGCGCUGACGGAGACACUGGAGAUGGACGAGGCUGUGAAGGUUGUCCUCUCGAUGGUGAACCUGCAGGAGACACUGGUGGUGGUGACGGCUGACCACGGCCAUUCCCUCUCCAUCAACGGCUACCCCUCCCGCCACACUGACAUCCUAGGGGUGGCUGAAGUAAGCGGCGAGGAUUAUCUACCCUACUCUACCCUACUCUACGGGAACGGGCCUGGCUACCGUAUCCACACCCCGGGGAACAGACCUGACCCCUCCCGGCAGGAUAUGGGUGACGUGAACUACAGACAAGACGCCGCUGUCCCGCUCUCCUCCGCCGCCCACUCAGGCGAUGACGUGGGUUUGUGGGCGACAGGUCCUCACGCCCAUCUCUUCACGGGCGUACAUGAGCAGAACUACAUCGCCCACGCCCUCGCCUAUGCCGCCUGUGUGGGGAAUGGGCGUACCUUCUGCGGGGGUGGCGUCAGGAGAAACCGAGGAGCGAGAGUGUGUAGAGGGCGAGGGCAGAGGCAAUGGUGCUAAAAUGUCGAGAUUAAAUUAUUUCAUCUU